AUGGACGGUAGACUUGUCUCAGUGCAUUUUAUAAGUGGCUGUCAUCGUCGCCAGCGCCAUGGAGAUGAAGAACGUCUCUUCGGCCCCGUCGACUAUGUCCUGUUCGUCCUCAUGCUAGUCAUCUCCGCCGCCAUCGGCAUCUUCUACGGCUGCUGGGGAGGCAAACAGAAGACGACGAAGGAGUUCCUGAUGGCCAACCGCAGCAUGAGCAUCAUCCCCGUGGCCAUCUCCAUUCUGGUCUCCUUCAUGUCCGCCAUUCUGAUCCUGGGCACCCCGGCUGAGAUGUACACGCAGGGCACGCAGUACAUGAUCUACAUCGUCGGCAUCCUCCUCGCCAUCGUCAUCGCUGCCCUCAUCUUCGUUCCGCUGCUGUACCCGCUGAAGUUGACCAGCAGCUUUGAGUAUCUGGAAAAAAGAUUCAAAUCUCGACCAGCCAAGCUGACUGGCACACUAAUAAUGAUUGUUCAACAGAUUUUGUACAUGGGCAUUGCUUCCUUUGCUCCGUCUACUGCUUUAGAGGCAGUGACUGGGUUUCCAGUCUGGGGGACGAUAAUCAUCGUUGGCCUCGUCUCUACGUUUUAUACCACUUUAGGAGGAAUGAAGGCCGUGGUGUGGACAGACGUGUUUCAGUCGUUCGUCAUGCUGGCCGGACUGUUAGCCAUCGUCAUUAAGGCUGUGAUGGACGUGGGGGACAUGGACAAGGUGUGGGACAUCAACGAAAAAUGGGACCGCAUCGAGUUCUUUGAUUUUAACGCAGAUCCAACGCAAAGGCAUUCCUUUUGGUCGCUCAUAGUGGGUGGCAUGGUCGGGUGGACUGCUACCUAUGGGUGCAAUCAGGCCAGCGUGCAACGGUACUGUGCUCUUCCCAGCUUGUCGAAAGCAAAAAUAUCAGUCCUGCUGAACACCAUCGGCGUGUUCAUACUGGUCCUGAUCACCUGCCUUGCCGGUGUCGCUAUGUUCGCCUAUUACGCCGACAAAGGCUGCGACCCGCUGACAUCAAAGAAAGUUGCAAACGCCAACCAGCUCAUCCCUUACUUCGUGAUGGAGGCUUUGAACAUCCCAGGACUUCCCGGCCUAUUUAUCUCCUGCCUCUUCAGUGGCGCCCUCAGCACCAUGUCCUCCUGCCUCAAUGCCUUGGCGGCUGUCACGUGGGAGGACUUUCUCAAGCCCUACUUUGAUCACCGGCUGUCGGAGGGACAGAAAACAUGGGCCACAAAGCUGCUGGUUCUGAUAUUUGGAGCAGCCGGUAUUGGAAUGUCUUUCAUGGCAAGGCUGGGGGGAACUGUGUUGCAGGCAUCUCUCAGUUUUACGGGAGCUGCUUCUGGUCCAAUACUCGGUCUUUUCAUUCUUGGGGGCUUCUUCCCGUGGGCCAAUGGCAUCGGAGCAGUGGUAGGGGGGACGCUGGGACUGGCCUUACCCCUGUGGAUAAGUAUUGGCGCCUACAACCUGCCCGGCUCACCCAGUCGACUCAAGUUUCCCACUGACAACUGCACCGUCGCCAACACUACCAUCAGCAACAUGACGACGAUCUUCACCACACUGACGACAAUGAACAGCACAGUGACCACUCUCGCUCCUGCCACCAGUGAAGUAACGGGGAUCGACAAGUUGUAUACCAUCUCCUAUCUCUGGUAUCCGUCUAUUGGUACAGCUACCGUGGUGGUCGUCGGACUUAUCGUCAGUUUUAUUACUGGUCCCAUGAGCAUAGACGAGGUGGACUCCAAAUAUCUUAUUCCGCUAUUUGAUCGUCUUUUCUGUUGUCUUCCGGCGUCGUGGCGGUCCACUCUCCGCUGCCACAAAGAGUUCCAGGACCCCGAUGAUAUCAAAGCUGACGAGAAGGAAACAGAAAUCGUGAUCCCCGCCAUCACAAAGCCCGACUCUGCCUUCGCAGUUUCCUUCAAACCAGACAUCGUCAACGGGAACGGAAACGUGACGUCAUUUGGCAACGGGCGAGGCAGCCUCAAGAACGACUUCGGCAUCGCCUCUGACAACACAAGCGACGGCGUGUACAAAACGCUGUCGACACAGUUUUGAAUUAUCUCCAUCAUGUCAUCGACUGCUUGCUACAUUAUCAUUCAUUUUCAGAAACCGAUGGGAAGAACAUGCGCUGUUGUAUUUCCUAAGCAUGUCAGAACUAGCUGCAGGGCAGUGUAUUUCAUGAAAAUAAACAUCUUCUCUAAAAAAAAAUCAAACAAAAGAUAACAAGAAAUUAAAGUUAUAUAUCAUAUAUUUAGCUAAGGUAUGAAUUUUUUAAUAUCCAAAGCCACUAGUUUCUGAAUAAUCACCAACCACACUCUUGCCAGAAGUUAAAGAACUGAAGAGGGAAUGUUACGUUUCAAAGUUACCCCCCCCCCUUUUUCAAAAUAAUAUAAAAAAAAUAAGAACAACAACAAACACUGCAAAGUCUCUGAAGUUUCGAUCCCGAUUGGGAGGGAAAGUGCUUCGCCGAGAGGUGAUGAGUUGAGAGGGAGGGGAGAGGAAAGCCGAGUACCCGACAGAGAAUCCCCACACCCCGAAAAAUUCAGUAUUAACGUCUUCCACUAAUUUGGAAAUAUUUGGACAGACAUGUUGGAAACAUAUGUUAGACAGAGAUGAUGGACAACCUACUGUGAUUCCUCAGUAUUUUAUUCUGUCUCAUUCUGUCUCUGUCUCCCGGUGUGCGUGCGUGCGUGCUCUGGUCUGUGUGUAUGCAUGUGUGCGUGCGCUCGCGCGUGGGAUUUUGACGAAACACUUAUGACGUAAGAACAGCAGCGUCAUAGCUACUCCCACGUGACCUCUCAGAGCACGUGCUGCUUGCCGUGGGUAGGCGGCCUGCUUCGCGCAUUCACGAAGUCCAAUUCGCAAAGGAACCCUGUGAUUUAUAUCAUAAGGUGGCAUCUGCUGUACUUAAUGUAAAAUGACUCUGUUUUGAUAUGACAUCAUGAAUAAAUUAU